AAAGAGUUUCUUGUCCUCUGGCUUCGGCCAUGAAGUUAACCGUCUCUUCUCUUCUUCAUCAUCUGCUCUAUCCAUGGCGAAAUCUUCUGCAGAGAAUCAUCAACCUCAAUCUAAUCCAUAUAUCCACGAACCAAACUUCAAUCCGAUUCGUCAUUUCAUUGAUACACUCCUAAAAUGCAAUAACCUUGAUCAAAUCAAACAAGUUCAUGCUCGGAUUGCUAUCUACGGUAUGUUUCAUAACCUAAUUGUUAUAAACAAGCUCCUUUACUUAUACGCAUAUUCAAGAUCACUGAAAGACGCUCACGCUCUAUUUGAUGUAAUGAAAGAAAGAGACGCCGUAACUUGGAGUGUCAUGAUUGGUGGUUUUGCAAAGGUUCGUGAUUACUUCAAUUGUUUCAAAACAUUUAGAGAUUACAUUAGAUCAGGAUUAGUUCCUGAUAAUUAUACUUUACCUUCUGUAAUUAGAGCUUGUAGGGAUGAUAAAUGUAUUAGAUUUGGAAAGUUGAUUCAUCAAAUCAGUUUCAAGUUCGGUUUGGAAUCGGAUGAAUUUAUAGCAGCUGCACUUGUAGAUAUGUAUGCUAAUUGUGAUGUUAUUGAUGAUGCACGCCAACUGUUUGAUAAAAUGCCAAAGAGAGAUUUAACUACUUGGACUGUUAUGGUUAGUGCAUUUGCUAAGUCUGGAAACCCUAGUGAGUCUCUUGUAUUGUUUGAUUCAAUGAUAGAUGAAGGUUUUGUGCUUGAUAAGAUCGCUAUGGUGACGGUUGUUAAUGCUUGUGCGAAAACCGGGGCUAUGAAUAAGGCGAGAUUAGUUCAUGAUUAUUUGUUGUGGAGGAAUUUUUCGAUUGAUGUAAUUCUUGGAUCGGCGAUAAUUGAUAUGUUUGCUAAGUGUGGGAAUGUUGAUUAUGCUCGGGUGAUAUUCAAUGGGAUGAAUCGAAAGAAUGUGGUUACGUUCUCGACGAUGAUUGCUGCUUAUGGUUAUCAUGGGCGUGGAAAGGAAGCGCUCGAUUUAUUCAUGUUGAUGUUGAGAUCUAACGUUGCGCCGAACGGGGUGACUUUCGUUUCCUUACUAUAUGCUUGUAGUCAUGGGGGACUUGUCGAAGAUGGUUUAAGAAUUUUUGAUUCGAUGUCGGUUGAUUACUCGAUUACACCGGAUGUGAAACACUACACUUGUAUGGUUGAUCUUUUAGGUCGAGCCGGAAGAGUCUCUGAGGCGUUUGAAUUGAUUGAGAAGAUGACUAUAGAGAAAGACGAGGGGUUGUUUGGCGCGCUUCUCGGAGCUUGUAGAAUUCACGGUGAGGUGGAGCUAGCGGAGAAGGCGGUGAAAUCUCUUGUUGAAUUCGAUAAUCGAAAUCCUAGUCAUUACGUGUUGUUAUCGAAUAUUUAUGCAAGGGCGGGUAAAUGGAGGGAAAUGGCGGGAAUUAGAGAGGUGAUAACUCGUUUGAAAUUGAAGAAGGUUCCGGGUUGGACUUGGGUUGAGGUGGGUAAUGUGGUUUAUCGGUUCGGAGUCGGAGAUUGGACUCACGUGGAAUCGAAAAGGAUUUAUGACAAGUUAAGGAUUUUGGGAGAAAAGAUUGAGUUGGUUGGGUAUGUGCCGAAUACGGAUUUUGUGUUGCAUGAUGUGGACGAGGAAGUUAAGGUGGGAAUGUUGUAUGCUCAUAGCGAGAAGUUGGCGAUAGCGUUUGGGCUAUUGAGUGCGAAUGAAGGGAGUAGUCCGAUAAGGCUAACGAAAAAUCUUAGGGUUUGUGGAGAUUGUCAUACGUUUUGUAAGUUUGUGUCGAGAGUUGAAAGGAGAGUUAUCGUUCUUAGAGAUGCGAAAAGGUUUCAUCAUUUUCGGGAUGGCGUUUGCUCUUGUGGAGACUAUUGGUGAUUGAUUUUUUAUUUUCAUU